AUGGUUGAUCCACUACAAGAGAUCGUCUACGGGUCGAUGGCCGGCUGUCUUGGGAAACUCAUCGAAUUUCCCUUUGACACAGUCAAAGUUCGUCUUCAGACGACCCAUGGAGCCUCGACGCUAGGGGUCACCAGGCAAAUCUUGACCGAUGAGGGUCUACUUUCGUUCUACAAAGGCAUUAAGGCUCCAAUGUUGGGCGCAUGUAUGGAAAGUGCGGUGCUCUUUUCUGCAUUUCAGUAUGGGCAACAGGCAUUGCGGACAUACACGCCUUUGGGGUCUGAAUCGAUGGCGUCUGUGUGUUUGAGUGGUGCAUUUUCGGGGUUGGCAGCCUCGUUCGUGUUGACCCCCGUGGAAUUGGUGAAAUGCAAUUUGCAAGUAGCGAAUUUGGUCGCCAAGGAGAAGAAGUCUGCUUCCUACAUGUCUGUCAUUCGCCAGGUGGUGAAAACAACCGGUGUAGUGGGAUUGUGGCAUGGUCUCUCAUCUACGCUAGUCAGAGAAAUGGCUGGAACCGCCGUCUGGUUUGCGUCAUAUGAAGAGGCGGUGAGAGUAUACAACCGUAUCAAUCCUGGUCGCGAGAAUAUCAACCUACUCGCAAGCGGCGCCACAGCUGGGUUUAUGUUCAAUUUGUCGAUUUAUCCGGUCGACACCAUCAAGUCGAACGUGCAAACAUCGCAGGCGAUGAAUCUGGCGGCCAAGACGGACUUUAUAUCGGUGACUUCUCGGCUUAUACUGAAGCCCGGUGGGGUUCGUAACUUGUACAAUGGGUUGGGCAUCACGUUGGUGAGAUCUAUUCCUGCCAACGCUGUGAUUUUCUACACCUACGAGUGGCUUAAGAAAAGCUCCCUCUUGUAA